GAAAGGGAAGUAUUAACUGGCCAAGUGAUGGGAAACUAAUUGCAGUGAUGACUGUAUAGUUUUUGUUACUAAUUUCAGGGCCCUGACCACACACCCUGAGGUUGCUGAACAGUUGGAUUUGCACAGCAUGCUAUGCUCCACUCUCCUAAUGGGCUAAAUGAGCAUAGGGAGACACAUUUUAUAGGGGCACUCUGUUUACAACAGAAUCCAUAGGCCUGUGUGAACAAAACACUCUCAGCUGAGUCUGGCUGAUGGGUUGGGAGCUAUAGUAACUCAGUACGAGGUGAGAACCUCUUCAGCCUGAAGAAACUUCUGUGGAAAACUUUUUUGUUCUUAGUUCAGCAAAUGUGUGCUGUGGUGCCAAUUCAGUAAGGGUUCCUGGAUUGUGAUCCUGUAAGCUUGUCUCCUGGUGGGAAUCAAAACUGAUCAGACAGUUUCACUGCAUUUGAAACAAACCUCUGCCUUCUCAGUUUGGUGAAAUGACCAUGGUAGGUUGAAUCUCAGCAUGUAACUUACUAAGGCAAAACCACUGGGCCAGCAGGAUUCUUCAUGUCAGUCCCAUGCUAUGUGCAUGGUGGAGUGGCAGCAUCUGUGCUGUUGUCCUAAUGAGAAGGGUUAGUAACUACACUUAUUUUGUUGUUUUUGAGGCAACUAUUUUAAGAUGGAGACUUCUUCAAAGACCUACUGGCUCCUUGGGACAGGGCUCAUGUCCUCCCAUCUUUUGUGCAGUGCAGAGCAUGCUGUUGUCAUGUAACUGUUUUCCACAGCAAAUUCUAGCAGUUGUUACUCCAAGAAGAACAUUGGUCUCCAUAGCUAAUACCCUUCUUCUGCUUGCUAAGCAAGAGAGAGCUUUUAAUUUUAACAGCACUAAAGCACCAUAUGGACUUAUUCCUUAUCUUACCAUGAGUUCAUUCCCUAUUUUAAGCACUUAAGCAAUAAGUAGUAUUGCAGUUUCUCUCCAGUUUCUUCACUGUAUCAGCUGUGUUCCAUUCACAGGCUGCUGAUUGUUGUUGAGCAUUAAGAAACAGUCCUUUAAAACUGUGUUAGAAUUAGCAUCUCGUGUUCAGCUAAUUACUGUUGUGCUGCUUGACGUGCAAGCAUAGCUAUGUAAAACCACCAAGAAAUAGCUAGAUAGAACUUUGCACUGGAACUGAUGUAUGGAAUCUGAAAGUGAAUUCACUGAUUGUAUAGACUGACUUAAACAGAUAGUAGAAAAUGUCGUAAAAUUAUGCAUCCUUUAAGGGUUUUGUUUAAGGAUGUUAAUUUCCAAAGCUGAAUGUACUGGCUUUUCCCCUAGAGACCAUUGCAGGAAGAACUUGCUGCCAAUGGUGAUGUUCCUUUUACCUCCUGACUGUUAAUAAAAUGAAGCUGUAUUUAGGAACAAGAGCUCAGAUGGGCCUCGGGCAGCUUGAUUUGCUAUUGCAGCAUUCUCAGUGCUGUUGGGGAGAGACUGAGUCAUCAAGUCAGGUGACUCUUUGCUGUGUGUAUGGAAUUUCUUCCCCCUCUGCAGCAGGCUUUUUGCAUCCCUCUAUGUAGGAGGCUUGGGGGGCCUUUUGGGAAGGACAGUCAUUUGCUACUAAAUGCUGCUACUUUAGUGCUGAAAUCUGGGGUUGCUUCAUCUGGCCUGUGGACUUUUGCCUGUCCUUUUCCCUUACAAAGCAAGGUAAACGGGCAAGAUGAACUUUUCCAAGCUAUCCAAAAUCCGAGAUGAAGAUAGGGAGAGCGUGUUUGGCUACGUCCAUGGAGUCUCAGGACCCGUGGUCACUGCUUGCAACAUGGCAGGUGCAGCUAUGUACGAGUUGGUACGAGUUGGCCACUGUGAGCUGGUGGGAGAAAUUAUCCGGCUGGAGGGUGAUAUGGCUACUAUCCAGGUGUAUGAAGAAACCUCUGGUGUCUCUGUAGGAGAUCCUGUACUCCGUACUGGCAAACCCCUCUCAGUGGAACUUGGCCCUGGCAUUAUGGGGGCCAUUUUUGAUGGUAUCCAGAGGCCUCUGACAGACAUCAGCACUCAGACCCAAAGUAUCUACAUCCCCAGAGGUGUCAACGUGUCAGCUCUGAGCAAAGACCUCAAAUGGGACUUUUCACCUUCCAAAAACCUGCGGGUUGGCAGUCACAUCACUGGGGGAGAUAUUUAUGGACUGGUGAAUGAAAACUCCCUUAUCAAACACAAAAUCAUGUUGCCCCCACGGAACAGGGGGACGGUAACAUAUAUUGCUCCACCAGGGAACUACGACACAUCAGAUGUUGUCUUGGAGCUGGAAUUUGAAGGUGUGAAGGAGAAGUUCACUAUGGUACAGGUCUGGCCUGUACGUCAAAUCCGUCCCGUCACUGAAAAAUUACCAGCCAACCAUCCAUUGCUAACUGGCCAACGGGUCCUUGAUGCCCUCUUCCCGUGUGUACAAGGGGGUACUACUGCUAUCCCCGGGGCCUUUGGCUGUGGAAAGACUGUGAUCUCGCAGUCUCUCUCCAAGUACUCCAACAGUGAUGUUAUCAUCUAUGUAGGCUGUGGAGAACGAGGAAAUGAGAUGUCUGAAGUACUCAGAGAUUUCCCAGAGCUCACGAUGGAAGUUGAUGGCAAGGUAGAAAGUAUUAUGAAGAGAACAGCUUUAGUAGCAAAUACCUCCAACAUGCCCGUCGCUGCCAGAGAAGCCUCUAUUUAUACCGGAAUCACCCUGUCUGAGUAUUUCCGGGACAUGGGCUACAAUGUCAGUAUGAUGGCUGACUCCACUUCCCGAUGGGCUGAGGCCCUUAGGGAAAUUUCAGGGCGUUUAGCUGAAAUGCCAGCUGACAGUGGCUAUCCAGCCUACCUCGGUGCCCGUCUGGCCUCGUUCUAUGAGCGAGCUGGCAGAGUGAAGUGUCUGGGGAACCCCGAGCGAGAAGGGAGUGUCAGCAUCGUCGGGGCUGUAUCUCCCCCUGGUGGUGACUUCUCAGAUCCUGUCACGUCUGCCACUCUGGGCAUUGUUCAGGUGUUUUGGGGCUUGGAUAAGAAGCUGGCUCAGCGCAAGCACUUCCCGUCUGUCAACUGGCUGAUCAGCUACAGCAAGUACACACGGGCCCUGGAUGAGUAUUAUGACAAGCACUUCACAGAGUUUGUCCCUCUGAGGACAAAGGCCAAGGAGAUCCUGCAGGAAGAGGAGGACCUGGCGGAGAUUGUGCAGCUUGUGGGGAAGGCUUCCUUGGCAGAAACAGAUAAAAUUACCCUGGAGGUUGCCAAACUGAUCAAAGAUGACUUCCUGCAGCAGAAUGGCUACAGCCCUUAUGACAGGUUCUGCCCUUUUUAUAAGACAGUGGGGAUGCUUUCCAACAUGAUUGCAUUCUACGACAUGGCGCGCCGAGCUGUAGAGACCACAGCCCAGAGUGACAAUAAGAUCACAUGGUCCAUCAUCCGAGAAAAUAUGUCUGAAAUCCUUCAGAGACUCGUUUCCAUGAAAUUCAAGGACCCAGUGAAAGACGGCGAGGCGAAUAUCAAGGCAGACUAUGCUCAGCUCUUUGAGGACAUGCAGAAUGCAUUCCGUAGUCUGGAAGACUAGGCUUUGCCCCCAUUCCAAUGAUCCCCUUCAGUUUAAAUUUCUCAUCUCAGCCCCUCUGCUUCCCUACUGUGCAAGACUGAAAUGAGAGAACCUGAGGCCUUGGCUACGCUUGGCAAUUCACAGCGCUGCCGCAGCAGCGCUGUGAAGCACGAGUGUAGUCGCGCCGCCAGCGCUGAGAGAGCUCUCUCCGAGGGGAGUAGCUUGCAGCGCUGCGCUCGGGGAGGCGUUUUCACACCCCCGAGCGCAGCAAGUUGCAGCACUGUACAGCCCCAGUGUAGCCAAGGCCUGAGUUUAUAACAGUCCUACAUGUCCUAGUUCAUACUCAGUAAGUCUUUGUAAAACAUUCCUCUUAGUUUGUUUGGCCUCACUGUGUGUCUGAAAUGGUGGGUGGAGUUAGUGUGAAUGGGCCUGAGAGAAAGUGAGGAACUGCAAUUGUAAACUUGUAGGGUGGGGGAUUCUUCCCUCCCCCCCCCCCCUUUCCACUCCCAAAUAGAUGUGCUCUCUUAACAGACAGGCUUUUGCUUCUGGGAGAAAGUAAACCAAGUAAGUUGUUGUAGCAGAGGAGGUGAGACUCUUAGUGCAGUGAUAUGGUACAUUCUGAGGUGGUGGUGGUAAGGGCAUACAGGCCUAGUUUUAGCCAGUGACUAUCAGGCAAAGAAUGGGCAUUUCCCCUGCUUUGAAAUAGGAUUUAUUCAAUUUUUCCAAUGAGCUGCUACUACCAAUAUAUAGCAUAUUCUUUGGUACAGUUUCCCUUCUAAACCUCCAAUUGAGCCUGUAUUAAAGCAAGUGUAUUACAACACAGUAGUUGUGGAACUCUGCAAGGUGUUAACCAAAAGAAACAUGUGAAAGCAGCCAUGUGUCAGUCUGCAUUUGAGAAAUAGCAUUUAUUUUCCUACCUAAUAUUUAAAUAAGACUGUUGGACUACACUUUAAUUAAAAAAUCAAAGCCAUAGCUGCUCAGCUAUCGGCAGCAAGAAUUUUAUCCUCUUGCUUCCCACUCCCAACAGAAAAUGGCAUGACACUCACCUGCUUCAGUGUAGCUACUUUGUACUACAGGACCAGACAAGAUGUGGUGAUCCCAUUUGUACGGAGCAGGAAUCCAGCCUGCCUCAGUGGCACGCUGCAUGCCAUAACAUUUGCCUUCUAGUACAAUGUUGAGGUCACCACAUGCUUCCAAAACUUUCCCUUCAGAUACCUGAAUUUGAUUUAAUUUGUUUGUCCAAUUGUGGUAUGCAAGAGCCUCUUUAGAGGGGAUGUUCAAUGCUAAUCUUUCUUGUUGGAAGGUUCAUUGUGAUCCCGAGGAGCUGGUGACUCUUUCUUGCACUGCACUCUGGAGGUGUUUGGUGUCUUCAGAGCCGUCAGAGCUACUGCUUCUUGGACUUGUUUAAUAAUGUAAGAGCCAAUAUGUGAUGAGGACUAAAUACAGAGCAGCCUUUUGUCAUUAACCUACUAGAGCCAGAACUUACCAUAUUGCUUCACAAUGGGAGAAAUUAAUAAGGGAGUUGGCAACCUUUUUGAACGUUUAUUUCAGGAGGAAUUAAACACUUUUUUGGGGGUGGGGGGCCACACAACAUUAAUCCCAGACUUAUUCCAGCUAUCAUUUAGCUUUGAAUGGCAAUGGACCAACUUCUGCUGCUUCCUGUGUUAUGCCAACUCACUGUCUGGCACGGAGCCCAGCUGAAACUUUAAAAGGCUCUUCAAAUAUUAACCUCUUUGAUCUCUCAAAGUAAACAAAUUAAAGAUAUUCAACCUAGUGCUCUGGUGGUGAAUGGCUGACAGUUUACAGUUCAUUUAAUUUCUGUGUAUGCUGCCUAUUAAGCAUGGUCAUGUAUAAAUGAGUAGUCGCUAUACAAAAAUCCUCAGUUCAUACCUAUCACAAGUGUACUGUGUUUGUAGCAUUCCAUGCUAGAGGACAGAUGUUCUAUUUCUCUAAAUUAAGAGAGGAUGUUAUAAACUUUACAACUUGUUUAAAAUAAUGCAGCUGUAAUAUUUAUUGUGCAGUUCCUAGCCCUAAACUGUGACCAGUUCAAAGUUGCAUACAUAUAUAUUUUUGUCUUGUCUCUGUUUUCAGUGUUGAAAUUCUAAUGUUUCACUGUGUUGCUACAAAUUUUUCCUCCACACAUGUGGAAGGAAUGAAAGAAUGGGUAAAAAAAACAAACCAAGACCUGCUCUUCCUUGUAUUUCAUAAUGGAUGUUGCUGAAAGUUGUGCAAAACUGUUCAAGUCAAUGAGAAUAAAGUGGAUUUAAAGUA